UAGCUCUUUUGGUGCUAAACGAUGCAGAAAUACAUGCUACUGAGAGAAGAAGAAAGAAAGAAUGGACGAAAAACUGGAUUAAGAGGAGAAACGCUGGGAAAGGUGUGCUCUCCAUGCUUCAUAAAGAGUUGAGGAUAGAAGAUCGCACAUCCUUUGCAAAUUUUAUUCGAAUGGAUGUAUUGGUAUUUGAAGAACUGCUUCGAAUGGUUUCGCCUUUGAUUCAGAAGAAAGACACUGUGAUGCGUCAGGCAAUUACGGCGCGGGAAAGGCUUGCUGUCACACUGCGUUUCCUAGCGACCGGAAACACUUACAAAGAUUUGGCCUAUUCUACACGAAUAGCGAACAACACGCUCUCCCGUAUGAUACCAGAGACUUUGACGGCCAUAGCAAGCGUGUUAGGAGAUAAUGCGACACAGUGUCCACGUGAUCCUGCCGAGUGGAAAGUAAUAGAAGAUGGGUUCCACAGCCUCUGGCAAUUCCCACAUUGCAUUGGAGCACUUGAUGGGAAACAUGUCAAGUUUAGGCCUCUGCGCUCUGAUGGUUCAUCAUUCAGAAACUACAAAGGUCACGACAGCAUAGUUCUUUUAGCUCUAGUAGAUGCUAAUUAUAAAUUUUUGUUUGUGGACAUUGGCAGAAAUGGAAGAAUGAAUGAUGGUGCAAUAUUCAGAGAGAGUGCCUUGUUCAUGAAACUCAUGGAUGGUUCAUUAAAUUUGCCACCAAGUCUCCACUUCCAGGUAGUGACAUCUGUGUUCCCUACAUGUUUGUGGCAGAUGAUGCUUUUGCGUUAA